AUGGAGGAGGACGACAAGUACAAACAAUACGCCCACAUAGCCAUCCCCACAUACGAUGAGGCCACGUCUUCGAGACCGUCAUCGUUACAGAAUUUCCGCGGACCAGGAGAAGUAAGCGACGAUGCCGAAAGGCAAGGGUUACUGCCUCAGGAGAGCACAUAUCGCCCGCCGACAGUAGAAUCACCCCGGUCCAGUGACGAUAGCGACCUUCGACUGCCGGAAGUCACAGGCGAUGGCGACGGUGACAGGCGGAGAGUGGAAGAGCUGGACUACCUCGACCCAUCAGCACCCGAUCCGUCGCAACGGCAGUCCUUAUAUCAUCGAGCGCGAUUACGCUCCAAGUGGACACAGCACAUCACGAACAUUGGCGCGACACUAUCCGCGAUACGACUACCUUCGUUCCGAUCAUUAUAUACACCUGUCUCAGGUGGCGAGACAACCUCGACCGAACCACCCCCGUCACUUCCUUCUCGAUUCUCCCAACUCCCCUCGAUACCCGAUCGAUAUCGAAUGUCCGCUGGGACGAUAGCGCGUUUAUGCGGUCUACUUUUCAUUGCGAUGGUCAUAUAUGGCCUUUUCAUUCUUGACGUGUUCCCGGGUAAUGGCCGUGGCUUCAUGGGGACCCGAUUCGAUCCGGAGUCAGUGCGCAAGUAUGUGCAAGAGCAUGUGGAUGCUGCGCGGAUAGAGGAGUACUUGACACAUAUCAGUGGUUACGACCACGUUGCAGGAACAGCCGGCGAUUUGUACAUGGCAGAGUGGAUGCGGGAACGCUGGAUCAACGAAGGUAACCUGGAUGACGUGGCUUUGGCCAGCUACUAUGCGUAUCUCAAUUACCCGACUCAAGAUGGACGUGAAGUCAGUAUUGUCGCCCCGGAAGAGCAAAAGUGGACAGCGCGGUUGGAAGAGGAUAUCUUGGACAUGAACAAGGUCCAGACACUAGCUUGGCACGGACUGAGCAAGUCUGGUGAGGUCGAAGGACAUUUAAUAUAUGCCAAUGGGGGCAGUAAAGAGGACUUUGCCUGGCUGGUGGAGAAUGGCGUAAACUUGAAUGGCAGCAUUGCGCUCAUGCGGUAUUACAGUACGCAGAACGAUCUGUCGCAGAAGGUGCAGGCCGCGCAGCAUGUAGGAUGUGUUGGAGCGCUUGUGUACUCGGAUCCGAAGCUUGACGGCGCCGUGUUGGGUGCAGUGUGGCCAGAUGGACCGUGGAGACCGGAAAGUUCUCUGCAGAGGGGAAGUGUUGCUAUGUCGGACCGGAUACUCGGGGACCCCUUGACGCCGGGCUUUGCUAGCACACAGGAUGCAAAACGUGAGAAAAUCGACGGCAAUCCUGCUUUGAGUCAAAUACCAUCACUACCACUUGCAUGGCGAGACGCAAAGGUUCUCCUGGAGCACUUGGAAGGCAAAGGAAAGCAGGUUCCCAAAGAUUGGGUAGGUGGCGACCAAGGGUUCGUCAAGAAUUGGUCCGCUGGAGACUCGGAAGGACUGCGUGUGCACCUGAAGAAUUUGAACGAUGAGAGCGAGAAACAACAGAUUUGGAACGUCCACGGCUUGAUUGAAGGGCUGGAACAGGCAGAGAAGAAGAUCCUGGUCGGCAGCCAUCGCGAUGCCUGGUGCUUUGGUGCAGUGGAUCCAGGCAGUGGAUCUGCUGUGCUCAUGGAAGUGGUCCAGAUCUUCGGACAACUGCGAAAGCUCGGAUGGCGGCCUCUACGUACGAUCGAGUUCGUCUCCUGGGACGCCAAGGAGUACAAUAUGGUCGGCAGCACCGAGUACGUGGAAGAUAGUCUCGACUCACUACGCGACAACGGCAUAGCAUACCUGAAUGUAGACGCCGGCCUUUACGGCCCAGAUCCUGUCUUCAGAGCCGCCGGCAGCCCAGUCUGGAAACGAGCGGUCCUCCACGUCCUAGACCGCGUUUCAACACCGGGCGACAACGCCGCAACACUCAAGCAAAUCUGGGACGAACGGAAAACAAAAUUCGGCGGGCUCGGCACAGACGGCGACUAUGCCCCCUUCCAGAUGAUAGCGGGAAUCAGCUCCGUUGACUUCGGUUUCGAAGGCGCGCGCCUCAAGCAUGGAUAUCCAGCCCAUUCGUGCUAUGAGACCCUGGACUGGGUGAAGCAAUUCAGCGAUCCGGACUUUAGCUGGCAUAGAACGCUGGCACAAGUCUGGGCACUCUUGAUCCUCGAGAUGGCGGAUCGUCCAAUACUACCGUUCGAUCUGAAGACGUACGCGGAUGCUAUCAAGGGCUCUUAUAUCAGUACCCUCAUGACCUAUGCGUCUGUCCAAGCGGAGAAAGUCCCCGGCCACUCAUCCCUCGAAUCCAACAGCUUCUCCCUCCAGCCCCUCCGCGACGCAGCGGACGAGUUGACUCGCGUCGCGGAAGAAUUCCACCGCUUCGAAGACAUCUGGACGGCCAACGUCCUCGGUGCCGGCGGCCUCGAAUCUGCGAGCUUCGCGAAGAGACGUAUGGCUUUCAACCAGAAAUUGUCCAACUUUGAUAGGAAUUUGCUUGACCUGCCCGAAAGUCCUAUUGAUCCGUACGUUCAUGGACUACCUGGGCGGGAGCAGUUUAAGCAUGUUAUCUUUGGACCGCACGAUUUUGAGAGUGGGAGGAUGUCAUAUUUUCCGACUGUCAUGGAUGCGUUGCAGCGUGGGAAUUUUAGUCUGGCGCAGGAGAGGGUGGAGAGGGUUGCGGGGGUUAUUAGGAGGGCGACGGAUGAGUUGAAGAGUUGA